CAGUAAAGGCACUAUAGAGAGGAGUGCAGGACAUAGUGUUUCAUUUUACAUUUUCACACAAAAGGACAACUAUACCUUCGGGAGCACUCAGGCAGUUGUUUGAAGCCUUUUGUUCAGUGAAGCUAAGUGGAGAGUGUGAGUCAAAAUGUAUGGACGAGCUCCAAGAGUGACCUUCGUGGCAACAGGCGCUACUUCAUCGGCUGUUGGACCCGGAUCCUACAAUGUCAGCCAGCGCAGUUACACCGAAGCAGAUGGCUAUGCUCCCUUCUUGUCCUUGACCAACAGGCAGUCAAUAUUCAUAAUAUCCAGUGAUGAGAUGCCAGGACCUGGACAAUAUGACUCUUUACCUCUCAAGCUAAACAUCCAGGGUGGCUGCAGCCUUCAGAACCGCUCCAAGCGUUUUGAGGAUGUGGUGUCAGAGGUUCCUGGCCCUGGGGCCUACAAUGUGCUGCCUGCCUCAGAAAAUAUUCUCAGGGCCAUGACGGCUAAUGUAGGACAGCCAGAGAAGCUUGGCAGAAAAAUGGCUAAAAGUCUCCGGCUGGUUCAUCAGUCAGAUAUCCCAUCCAUUCCUUCUCCGGGCCAGGCCUAUGGCUAUGAGGAGGAUGUCCUGGGUGUGCUCCGCAAGCAAAAGCCCCCUCCUAGCGAUCCAACCCUGGGGCCAGCCUACUACAAUCCACUGCUGUCAGAGGUGAGUUCUGGACAGAAGUAUAAUGGGGUCCACUUUGGCAACAUGACUGGGAGGAGAGGUGAUGUGCCAGUAAAGAGUGGACCAGGUCCAGGACAAUACUACCCUGAGAUAGUUAGAGAAACACACUGAAACGUGAACUUUCAAAAGGGUCAGAGAGGUAGAGCUGAGCUUAUCAUCCCUCGCUACCAUGAACUGGUGCCAAAGCAAGAGGAAAAGAAGGGAGUUCCUGGUCCAGGCCAGUAUCACAUCAGAAGUCAGUUUGAGAAGCCUGUCAAGCCCAGUGGCCACCUGCCAAAGUUCACUUGUCCCUUCCUCUCACAAGCUGAGAGGUUUAGCCCUAUGAAGGAAGUGUCGCCCCCUGUUGGUGCAUAUAAUGACCCACGCUGUGCCCUGGAGCUGCUGAAGAGGACCACAGGAGUGAAGAAAAGCCCAUUUGGCGUCACUGCAGUGCGCUUCUCACCGAAACACAAAAAUAUCUCCACACCAGGUCCAGGUUCCUACGACGUGUUUGAGCAUGGCUUAGCCCAUGAGAGUUUUAAAAAGGCAUUUUUAGAGAAAACCAGGAAAGGAGGCUUUGGCUCUACUGCUAAACGCAGCUCUGUUUUCCACAACAAGGAAUCCAAAGAGGCCCCAGGUCCAGGACAGUAUGAGACAGAAAAGAAGACAGAGGAGAGCUACAAAAAACAGCAAACAGGGAUUUUCAAAUCAGCCACAAAACGUCUCAUGUCACCACAACUGGCUAAAGACUCCCCUCCACCCAACAGCUACAAUGUGAGUCAGACAUCUGAGAAGGUUAAUGGCCACUCUCACUCAGAACCCCGAAGUGAAGGAGCUAAGAAACGUCAGAGCUGCUUCCUCUCCGCCGCGCCACGAGAUAAUUUCUUCCUACGAGGUGACACCAGCGUACCAGGACCUGGCCAUUACAAUCCCAGUGUGAAAUCUGUCCCAAAGAUGGCUUUGAUCUCUUCCAGAGACGAUCGAUUCAGAGUCUCCAUAAACACCAACCCUGGACCCGGCACUCACCAGUUGAGUCCAGGUAUUAUGAACACCGUACUGAAGGGCACCUUCAAUGUGACGCUCAACAACCCUCUGAGUCCUUGCCGUACUCUCCAUUUGACCAGCGGGCUUUCAACAGCCCACAAGACCAUUAACGCCGUCGCACCCAACGCCUUCAUCGCCACCGGGACUUCUUAGAGCACUUUAUGGAUCAAAAUUCAGAGGUGAAAAGUGAGUGGGGUAAAAGGCGUGGAAGAAGAUGAACAACCUACAAAGAUCCUCGCCUCUACACUUGAUAGUUCCCUCCUUUUUUUAUUUUAGUAACAAUGAGCCUGGAAUACUGAUUCAGCUGUUGUUUGUGGAACAGCUUCCUCUCUAUAAACUACUUUAAUAAUAACAUUUUGAAAACCUGUAAUAUAAAUAUUACCUCAUGUCAUUCAAUUGCAAGUUACUCUUAAGUAGGACAUCUUUUUAAAAUGUAUGUAUGAAACAUAAAUAGUCAUUUUUUCCCCCAUGAAAAUAAUCCCUUCCUGCCUGAGAAUAGUUUAGUUGUAACUCACUGUUGCCUUCUUCAAAAUCUGCGCAUAUAUAAUGACCUCAUCACACCUAUAGCACACCUUGGCUCUGGUCAAACACUGUAAAAGCAGUCAGUGCUGCUUAGUGGGAAGUUGGACCCCUGCAGUAAUUGAGCCAUACAUGUCUGAACCAGGAAGUGAUUAUAAAGAAGAAGACCGCCAGCCUGCAAGUUAGUUGUAUUGCAGAAGGUCUGAAUUUGAGACUGUUAUUGGUAGACUGAUGUUUCAAGGUUUCAAAGCUCAUCCAUGGCAGUGAAUUUCACCCAUGAUAAGCAUCCCAGCAUGUGAAAAGGACCAUAUGCACAUGUGUGAUACUGAUUUUGCUAAGAACAUUUUCCUGUCCUAUACUGCUAAUAUUGGCUAAUGACAGUGAAGCUUGGUAAAUGGUAGCACCAUAUGCCUAAAGCUUUGUUUCAACCCGCACAAGAUGUGUCCUAACUUUCCAAGGCCAGGAUUGUCAGUAGUCAUGUUUUAUUUAUUGCCAAUGAACCAGUGCUUGAGACACUUAGUAAAAAUGCUAUUAGAUUUGUAGCCAUACAUUAUUGCUUAGCAUGCAUAAAACAUGAAGCCAUUCAUUAUGCAUAUUUGUGAUGACUAGCAAAGAAACAGCUGUGAAAGUCUUGUGGAAGACUUAUGAUGUACAGCAUGUUCCAGCGUUGUUGUUAACUGAUAAUUUGUUUCAUGCACAUAUGCGGCACAACAUAUACGUCCAAUCCAAGUACAUUCUGCUCAUGAAUACAAACAUGAUUUUUUGUUGUGCUAACUUAUCUGUAGUGGAGUUAUUUGGUGCUGUAGACUUGAUUUUACUGAGCAUGCAAAGUAGCGGCAUGAAAUAUUAAGUGUACAAUGCUUUGAAACACUUGUAAGAGCAGAAAGGCUGGAGAAUCGCAGAGAGGGUUGAGAGGAAUGUUGUGUGGCACUGCGAUGGAGGAAACUAUACCUGAAAGGAGGGGGUUGACAUUUUUGGAAAUAUACUUCAUGCUAUCUUGCUGAUAGUGAGAGGAGACAAUGACACGCUUCUCAUAUGUCUGUUAAAUACAAAGCCUCUGCUGGCCAGUUUUAGUUUUCUGGCUGCUGGUUAGGGGGAGUCUCUGCUGAUUUCCUGGCCACCUCACAGCUACAACUGUUGCAAGCCAAGAAAUAGUCUGGUACAUAAUGCCUGUAAAACCAUAACUUCUCCUUUUCUCUCUACAAUUUGUUUGUAUGGAUUCAAAAACAAGAUAGAAUGGUGUAUAUAUACACAAGCAUGAGUUGCUUUGAUAUCUGGAAACUGUAAAAUGAGGUGCCCUUUUACUUUUUUUUGUACCUUUAUUUAUCUGGUAAACUCAGGUGAAUGGACUCACAUAGGACGGUUUGGGUUAAACAUAAUGGCAGAAAGGUGAGGGACACAUAUUUUCAAAUAAAUUAUGUUGAUUUAUAGUAGGCUAUGUGUUGGAAAAUCUCAAAUGUGACAAAACAAUUCACUAUAUGAAUGCCUGUGUGAAAACAGCCGUAAGGUAAAGUCAGAUAAGUUCCUGACCUUGUAUAUGGCAUCAGAGAGGUAGAGAUGAUGGCUGUGAUGAGGUGAUGUGAUGCAGGCAGUUCAUAGUGUCAGAUAAACCACUUUUACUGGCCGUAACAACCAGAGAGUGUAGAUUUAUGGCUCUUUUCACUGCUGAUCACUCGCCAUAAAUCAGCUAUUCAUGGUCGUGUGUGAAUGUGUGUGUUCUGGAUCCUUAAAGACAAAGAAAAGGGUCAGUGCAGAAGAUGCACGGGUGACAGUCGGGAUGCAUUUUGGUUGUCUGAUUUAGAAAUCACCUUUCCACGGCUUAAACCCACCGGCUUCCCCUUUUUCCUGUGUAGAAUGCCUCCUUAUCCUGUUGUGUUCAAGACGUCUCUCUGAAUGUUCAGAGGAACAGGUCCGACAGAGAACCAUGUCUCUGAUUGUUCCUGUGGGCCUUUUAGCCUAAUGAGGUGUUUACCCCCUAUCAUUAUUCAGCUGGGAGCGGAGCAGAGGGAGACGGAGCGGGGAGAGAGGGGAACGGGAGGACAGGCUAGAGAGAGGAAGGCAACAUGUGAAGUUGACAGAAGAAAGCAUGAAAUGGGAAUAGGGGUGAAGGAAAAAGAGGCCAGUGGAAGCUGGGCAAAAAUGAGAGAUUGUAUAUGGGCAGAGGGGAAGAUCAGAGAGUUGAAAGAAAGCGAGAUGCAGAGGAAGGGGAAAAAAAAGGCAAAGAGGAAAGGGAGAGAGCCUGGUGUUAUUUAUGCCUCCCUUGGCACUCGUUUUUACCUUUUUUUUCCCUGCGAGCUGUUUUACAUCGGCGAUCUAAUUAAAUCAAAUAAAUCACAGUACACACACACACACACACACACACACACACACACACACACACACACACACACACACACACACACACACACACACACACACACACACACACACACACACAGCUACAACAGCCCCUCCUGAUUCUGGGAUUGUGAACAUCUCCUUCCCCUCCUACCCUCCUCCGCCCAAGAUUGAAUAAAUCUCGAUCAUGGUGCAUUACACGGCACAUCAUUCAUGUUGUUUAUAGGUCUAAAAUAUGCAAACAGACCAGAGGCAUAAAAAUGAUCGAUGCUCAAAUAGGCCCUUUUUCCUGUUCAAUUCUCAUCUCACACAGCACCAAGCACUGUCACUUACACAUGUCUUGUGUGGGAUGAAGACAUAUUGUAUUGUACCCUUAUGCUGUCCCCUCAUGAUAUUUAUAUUGUCUUCGUGCAGCAAAAGCAUUUUUAUUACCUCAUUUGCUAAAUCGCUGUCUCUACUUUUGAGCCCUUAUUAAAUCUAAUUAGCUUUGCUGAACCUUGAGGCUGUCCCUGAGAGAUCUCUUGAUAAUUGUAAAAUAGAGGUGAGUUGAUCAGUGCUUUUAUUGGUUACAGUGUGACUCUUAUGCACGAAACACAUGCAAACAACCAGCAGCUGCUAAAGCUGCAGUUCGUUUCCAGGAAAUCACUACCUCUGGGAGAUAAUUGUUUGGGCAUAUGUUGUCCAAAUACAUUGUUAGCAAAUGUAUAAUUUUUUGGCCAAACCAAGCGUGAAAUAAAUAUUCUAAUUUCAUGAGAAACAUCCCAACAUUUUAAAAAGAGAAACUAUACAAAUUACUGAAUAAGUCCAUUGCGGAGAUGGUUUAUUUGAUUCUUUUGUUUAUUAUAGCUGUUUUUUUCAUGACUGGGUAACAUUUCAAAAAUUGAACUGAAACUAAGAUUUUAGUUCAUUGUUCAUUACAGAUUACCUUUAUUUAGUUUAUAUAAUGUUUUUUCAUAACUUUUUUCUCAUCUUUUAAAGCUUGAAGCAUCAAUAGCUGCUGUAACUAUUGCCAUCUAAAAUAUGUAUUUCAACUUAUUUGCUAUAUUUUUGACUGGAAGCACUUGUAUCCUUUCAAAAUCUACUAUGUUGACUAAAAUGGUCCUUAAAAGGGACUUUUUGCAUGCAAUAAAAUUCUAAUCUUGCAUUGAAUUUAACUAUUGUUCUCAGUAUUUUAAAGUCUAGCUUCAAGGUAAAAAAUGCUGUAAAGCACACAGUGAAUUUUAAAAUAUUUGAAAAUACUAAUUGACAUUUUGUCCAUGCCAUCUAUCAUUACCUCGGUUGGUUUUAACUGUUAUGUGUUAUGAUGCUUUUUCUCACCAUUUGUACAUCAAAAAUAUGGCUCUGUUAAUUGUGAAAGUCAUCUUUGAAACUAAACAGAGGUCAAACUAGUUUUAUCAAUCCUCUGCUGACCUUAUAACUCAUUACAUCGAUACAUGUAAAUGCGAUGGGCUAUAUUUAGCCGCAAUAAUCUUGAGAUGACAGCUACACACUCACAAAUACAGCUUGGUGGAAAGCCAGAUUAGUCGGUGUCUUUAAUUAAAGGAGAUGUACAGUAGUGCAGAAGAAUCGAUGUGUAGGUUAACAAGUGCUGACAAGGGCAGAAUAGACAGUGAGGCUUCAUUAAGAUACAGUGCGAACAACAAGACAGGGUUACAAUCAGUGCCAGUCACUGCUGAACUCCUCUGCAUCUGUCUGCCUUAAAGCCUGGAGCAGCCGUGGAUGAUUUUUACCUUAAUUCCAGCACGAAAUAGAUAGUGGAUACCUGAUACUUUAGGAAUUCUAGCCAAGGAGAUGCUCUGACUCUUCUGCAGAAGUCAGACUUACAAACUAAACUUUAAAGAAUUUAAAACACAAGCAGAUUAGAUUAAAUGGGAAAUCCAGUUUUUAAAGAUGAAUGAUGCCUUUUGUGUUUGCUGUCUUUCAUUGCUGUCAUUUAUCAGACAAAAUGUUGCUUUCUCAAAAUGUUGCAAUCUCCUGAUUAAUUAAAAAUCUAAAAAAAUAAAUCACAUACUGCCAAGCA